GUAAACUACCUUCGUUAGACUUAAUAGACAUUCCUUUAUUAUUCACUUAAUUUCUUAUAGAAUACGAGUUUCUUUCUUCGUUUCAAUUGCCAAAGUCUGUGCCUUGGAAGAAAGAUUCAGGUGAACGAAAAUUAGCUUUGUGAUUUGAGAACUAAAAUGGAAUUCCAAGAUUUCGACAAAGAAACUAUAGGUCAAAGUGAAUGCAGAGUACUCGUAAUCUUUCGUGCUCUAAGUUUGGAAGAACAGAAGACGAGCGCCAUUCAGUUCAAGAAAGAGCUGGAGCGCUUGAUUGAAAACUACGGCAAGGAACGUAUUUGGCAAAACGAAGGGUUUACGUUGAAUUCAGAUACGAUUCAUGGAACCUACUGUCUCUUUGGAUCUACAGAUUUUGGAGAUUGUAUAGCUGAUGAGUGGUGGAUUGUUUGGUUGCUUUUUGAAGCUAGCCGAACUGUGAAAAAUGCAUUUUGUAGAGUCAUAGAUUCGGAUGGAGAAUUUUUAUUGAUUGAGGCUGCUUUCGCUUUGCCGAAAUGGAUCGAUGAGGAUAAUUCAGAUUAUCGCGUAUGGAUUCAUGACGGAAAUGUCCUUCUUCUUCGUCCUAACGGAGCAAAUCUUCAGGAGUAUGAAAGGUGCGAUCCUUUAUCUAGAAGUGAAGCUAUCAAACAAAUCAAUCUUGGAGAAAACUUUGAUGUCCCUGCAAGGGUUAACAAAGGUAUACGGCAGCGACUCCAGGAGUAUCCUGAAACAGCAAAUAAUCACCAUCGAGCUGUUAUAACCAUACCAAGAUCAAUUGCAUAUUUAUUAAGAAAGGACAGAAAUCUUGUUAGCAAAGCCAUUACCGCCUUUUAUUACCGUGAUCCUAUUUCCGAGAAGGAAUGUGACUGCAUGCAGAAGUUCUAUCCCAACGAUCUUGUCACCAUGACAGUAUGUUUUACGCCUUUACUAUAUGCUCAGCUUGCUCAGCAGCGAACUCGUAAGUAUGCACCCUUUCAGUUACCUUUACAGGGAGAAGAGCCGGCUUUUACCCAAGCCGAACUAGGCAUGAAGCUUGCUUGCGGGUUUGAAAUCCUUUACAAUUCUAAUGAACAAGAAGAAGCAAAAAAAAGUAUCGACCAACUUUUAGAAGGAGCGGUUUUCCCAACAGACGAUGAAUUAAAAACAUUACCGCUCAUAAAUGAUGAUACCAGCUUCAUGAAUGUAGACCCCGAUGAUUUAGAAGAUAUGUUGAAUAGCCGGAUUAAAGACUUGGAAGGAUCUCAAUCGGCAGAGGAUUCAGACUUUGCUGAAUCAGUUUCCUCUGCUGAUGACCAGGCGUCAAAUGCAUCCCAAUCCAAAAUGACAAAAGAUUUCAAUGAACAUGAUCUCAAAGACAUCAUCUCAAAAAUCGAAGACUUCGUUGAAAGUGACGGGUCUUCUUCUGAUCGACCAGAUAUAUACGGCAUUGAAAACUCAGAAGAAGAUGAAGAAAAGUUGUACACUUAUGAUCCAGGGAAGAGAGAUGAAUUUUCCUUGAAUCAUAGGAAUGCAGAAUCCGACGACGAUAAUAUAGAGUUUAACGAAGACGAGUUUUUCAAUAUUCUGAAGAAACCGACCUCAGAUACCAUGGCUAAGAGUAACCCGUCGGCUUUAGAUUCUGCCUCCUCUGAAUCAUCGGAAGAUGAACUACCUGGAAACAUGACCUUGCAGGAGUACAUGCAAGCCAUGGACGAAGAACUGAAAUCCCAAAAAGUAGGAAAUAAGGAAGGGGCUCCUGAGCCUUUCAACGGCGAGUCUUCUGAAUUGGGUAUAGAUAUGAACCUUGCCAUGAAUCUAAUAGAAGGAAUUCAAGCUAAUCCCGAUGCAUAUGGCGGUCCCAUCUCUACUUUGCUAGACAGUCUAAAUAUACAAGUUCCAAAAGGAUAAUAGAAAAAUAAAAUAUUUUAAUGACUAUUUUUAUGUUCUUUUUUAAUGUUUUAAUAGGCCGAUCUAAUCUAC